AUGAGGAUGCCUCCAAAAAAGUACAAUUUGACCAGGAACACCCUGUCAAAGAUGAUGUGGUUGCACCACAAUACAGAGCCACCCACCGGGCAAAAUCAGUGAUGAGUUGGAAAAGGUCAAAAGCCCUAAUAGAAUCAUCCGAUUCUGAAUCGGAACAGGAAGAGGCACUGAGCGAGUCUGAUGAUGAGGACUCUUACAAUUCAGGAACAUUUUUUCCUGAUCAUGGUGUCCGUGUCUGGACUGACCUUAAA